AUGUACGCCGCACGACAAAGGGUGUGCCGAGCAGCCUGCCAGCUGCCGCGCACGGCGCGCACAUAUGCCUCCGACGCCCACCAUAAGCCCGCCGCGCCGGUCAACGAAUCCUUCGGGACAGGAUCGAUUGCCGCCGUCGCCGCAUUUUUCGCGGCCGCCGCCGUCUUCACCCUCAAGCCCGCCCCGGGCGAGGAGUCGGCCGUCAGCAGCAUGAUCAACAAGUACCGCUCGCGCGCCGAGGACUGGGCUGAGACCAAUGCUCUUCACACAAAGGCCGCCGAGCAGGCCGGUUUUGACCGCAACCUGUUUGAAAACGCCUCCAACAAGCACAGAUACGUCAAUGUUACGUAUCCCGAAGCGUUUCAAUCGCACGCCCCCCGAAACAUCCAAGCCGGACAGCUUGUCAACCUGGACCACGUCGUGGAGCACUACAAGAAGGAGCACCUCAAGGACGAGGAGCGGAAAGCGAAGAUUCUGGCCGAGCAAAACUAA